AUGUCGAAGCUCUACAUCGAUGUCGAUGCUGGAUCUGACCAGAACUCUGGGACGGAAGAGCAACCGUUGGCCUCUCUUGUACAGGUAACACAAACAAACGUUAUCGGAAUUACCGCUCAAAUACAAGACUUCGAACCUGGGCCCGCUGUGCGGGCCGGACUAGCUCCCGGUAGCGGCUUCGUCGCUUUAUUCCUUCGCAAAACCGUUCGAAAGUUCACGUGUUCAUUUCUCAAUUUCUCCGUCACAGCUAUUUUCGUUUUAGAACUGAAAACGUGUGCGGACAAACUAAGAAAUAAACAGAGGGACAGACUCCUCAAGACUUUUAUUAAUAAGAAUGAUGAUGAUGAUGAUUACUUACAGGCGAUGGUUUUGUCUAAGAAUUCGGGAGAGUUUCUGAUAAAAAAGAAAAACGAGGACAGUGAAAUCUGGGAGCCAGCUGCGAAAGCAGCCAUCAAGAAGGCCGUCAAGAAGUACGAGGCUGAACUGAAAAAGCUGGAAAAGGCUGCCGAGCGGGAGAAAGAAGCCGAAGAUCUGCAGCACGCUGCUCUUGAAGAGGCUCGAAAGAUCACUUUCACUCUCGACAAGUCUCUUCCAGAAGCGAAAGUGAUUAAGAUUGGAGAGUCGAAAGAACACCGUGACCAGAGAGUCACCAUAAAGGCCUGGGUGCAUCGCCUGCGCAGACAAGGAAAGUCUCUGAUGUUCCUGGUUCUCCGAGAUGGAUACGGAUUCAUCCAGUGCGUUCUCAACGAUAAGUUGGUAAGCAGAAAUCUGACCUCGACAUUUGUUUUGAAAAAAAAAAUAUUUUUCAGUGCCAGAGCUAUGAUGCUGUCACUCUAUCGACCGAGACGUCCGUUCAAGUUUACGGUGUCAUCAAGGCGGUACGUGAACAUCACCGGAAAGAGUACGCAAAGUUAUAAUUCAGUUGCCAGACGGAAAGUCUGCUCCAGAUGGCCACGAGCUCACUGUCGAUUAUUGGGAGGUUAUCGGAAAAGCGCCGGCUGGAGGAAUUGAGAACGUGCUUAACGAGAAGGCCGGACCCGAAGUCAUGCUGGACAACCGCCAUUUGGUCAUCCGUGGAGAGAACGCCUCCAGAAUUCUCCGAAUCCGUGCUGCUGCCACUCGUGCAAUGCGAGAGCACUUCUACGCCGCCGGCUACACCGAAGUCACCCCGCCGACGCUGGUUCAGACGCAAGUGGAAGGAGGAUCCACUCUUUUCGGGCUUGAUUACUACGGAGAGCCAGCCUAUCUGACUCAGUCCUCUCAACUCUAUCUGGAAACUUGCAACGCCGCUCUAGGAGACGUUUACUGCAUUGCGCAGUCCUACAGAGCCGAGAAGUCGCGAACGCGCCGCCAUCUUGCGGAAUAUCAGCACGUCGAGGCCGAGUGCGCAUUCAUCACUUUCGAGCAGCUUAUGGAUCGUAUUGAAGCUCUCGUCUGCGACACAGUCGACCGUUUGCUUGCUGACCCGGUGACGAAAUCGCUGAUUGAGUUCGUCAACCCAGUACGUUCUUUGUUCUGCCAUCUCAUUCCCAAAUUUUUUUUUCAGGGAUACAAGGCGCCAUCACGUCCAUUCAAGAGAAUGGCCUACAAGGACGCUAUUUCUUGGCUCCAAGAGCACGAUGUUCGUAACGAGAACGGAGACAAGUUCGUGUACGGAGAGGACAUUGCGGAGGCCGCGGAGAGAAAGAUGACCGACACGAUCGGAGUGGUAGGCACGAACAUCCCCCGGACGAUCCUAUUAUUUUGUUUCAGCCUAUUCUUCUGAACCGCUUCCCAGCUGGAAUCAAGGCUUUCUACAUGCCACGCUGUGGUGAAGACAACGAGUUGACCGAAUCCGUGGACCUUCUGAUGCCAGGGGUUGGAGAGAUUGUCGGAGGAUCCAUGCGUAUCUGGAAGGAGGAUCAGAUGCUGGCCGCAUUCGGAAAGGCCGGAAUCGACCCGAAAAACUACUUCUGGUACAUGGAUCAGCGGAAAUACGGAAGUGUGCCACACGGAGGAUAUGGCCUCGGACUCGAGCGGUUCAUCUGCUGGCUGACCAACACUAACCACAUCCGCGACGUCUGCUUGUACCCAAGAUUCGUCGGCAGAUGUGCCCCAUAA